AUGACGCUCGUUUCCUUGUCAUUCGUUGUUACUUGCCUCCUCAGUUUGCUCCUCUGCGUCUCCGCCCAGGUCCAAUAUUGCUCGUCCAGUAACGUCUGUAUCGCCCUUGAGACACAUGAGAACUCCUCUACCAACGCUGCGGACCUUUACUUCCAGAUCUCCGCCCAGAAGUCUCAAGGAUGGGCUGCCAUGGGAAUUGGAGAUGGGAUGAAGGGUGCUCUGAUGUUCAUCCUGUACCCUGACGGUACCGAUCAAGGGGUCACAGUGAGUGUACGCACCGCUACAGGGCACGUCGAGCCUUCGGACGUCACCAGUAACGUUCCCGCCAUCGCCGUCACGAAUACGAGCGUCACUUCAGACCGCUUCAUGGCCAACAUCGUUUGCUACAACUGCGCGAGCUGGACUGGCACGAAGUUGGAUGUCACUUCUACGUCUCAACCAUGGAUCUGGUCGGUCGGCGGAUCGAAUCAGAAGCUCGUCAGUACCGACGUGAACGCACAGAUUACGCAGCAUGCGUCAUACGGACAAUUUACGCUGGACAUGGGUCAGAGCAAUGUAGCCGCUGCCGACCCGUCCUCGAGCAGCACUGGCACCUCGAGCAGCACUGGCACCUCGAGCAGCACUGGCACCUCGAGCAGCACUGGCACCUCGAGCAUUACUGGCACCACGACAGGCACGGCAACGGGCUCGUCGUCCUCGGCGAGAGCAUCUGCCUCGUCUACGUCUGCAUCCUCCGCUCCGGUUGGUCCCCAAGUCAACCUUGGCGAUACCGCUGCCUCCAACACUGGUGCGACAGCAGGUACCUCCGGCUCAUCUGAUCAUCAUGGUGCCAUCGUCGCUCACGCAGUUUUCAUGCUCGCGGCAUUCUUCGUUCUCUUUCCCUCCGGCGUGGUCCUCCUCCGCGUUUCCCAGCCGUGGAGUUUCGUCGCGCACUGGACGAUGCAGGUCAUCGCUACCCUGGCGGCCAUCAUCGGGGCUGUAAUCAUGAUCUGGUACUCCUUGCAGGAUCCGGAGUACAAGUCAUUCAAGAACAAGCAUCAGAUCCUGGGGUUGGUAAUCUUGUGUGCACUGAUCCCGCAGGUCGUCAUGGGCUGGGUUCAUCACUUGAACUACAAGAAAUACCAGACGCGUACGGCGCCGAGUCACCUGCACAUGUGGCUCGGAAGGACCGUUUUGAUCCUUGCAGUCCUCAAUGCAGGAUGGGGAUACCGUCUUAGGGAGAAUAACAAAGGCGCUAUCGCAGUGUGGGUCGUGGGAGCCAUCGUGAUAUUGAUGCUGGGUCUUUUGUGUGGACGCCAUGCUCGUCUGAGGGCAGCGUUGAAUGCGCCGGUGUGGAGAGCUGGGUUUACAGUUGCCUCUGCGGAGACUCUUCCAGGGAAUAAGGAGGCAGAACGCGUGGUUGCGGUUGAGCGUGAUUCAGGAUGA